AUGGAUAUUAAUAGAGCUGGUCAAGACUUUUCGGAUCUAUCCCUUGAAGUAGCCCCCUCUCAUGAUGAGAUCGAUCAAAAUCAAAAUGGUUCUGGCAUGUUAUUAAGUAAUGAUUUGAGAAGUAUAAACACUAAAGAAGAUGCUAACCCGUUGGAAUUACAAAUUUCUCAGACUAGUAUGCAAAGUCAAGAUGAUGACAUUAUUUCCAAUAAUGAUGCCCACUAUUCAUAUCAUGAGAAUCAACAGUUACAUGAAAAUAAUUCUAAGCAAAUUGCUGUUGACGAACAUGAUACACAUACCACUAUCCCACUUCAACCAUCACUAGCUUCUAAACCAAGUGCUACAAAGAUGAGAACCUUAUCUGAGAGUGCGCAAAAUAUAGUCCCCAAUCCCCUCAGACCACCUACGACAGAAGCAUCCCAAGAAAAGAAGGAAAGUGGGUCUCUUUACAAAAUGGGUAUGCUUGCAGAUGAUGCAGCUCAACAAUUUUUGGAUGAACCAUCCCCAGAAUUGGUCGAUCUCUACUCAAAAGUGGCUGAAUGUAGAAACUUAAGAAGUAAGUAUCAAUCUUUAUCAUUGCAGCUUUCUGAACAAAACCCCAAAAACAGUCCAGAUUGGAACGUUUAUCCUGCUCCUCCCAAACCAUCGUACAAUGCGGAAACAAAAACAGUUAUUAGUGUUGUUAAUAAGCCUGAUUCUGAAGUUUUCGAUUUUAAUCAAUGUGAAAUACCUGGUGAGGAUCUAGAUUGGGAGUUUGAUAUCAACAAUGAUGAUUCAUAUUUUGUUCAUAAGAAAGGUGAGCCAACUCAGGUUAUCGCAGAGAUUCCUACCUUACGUGAUUAUUAUUCCGAUUUAGAAAAGAUGAUUUCCAUAUCUUCAGAUGGUCCCGCCAAAUCAUUCGCCUUUAGAAGAUUACAAUAUUUGGAAGCUCGUUGGAACUUAUACUAUUUGUUAAAUGAGUAUCAAGAGACCACUGUUUCAAAGAGAAAUCCACAUAGAGACUUCUACAACGUAAGAAAAGUGGACACUCACGUUCAUCAUUCAGCAUGUAUGAACCAAAAGCAUCUCUUACGUUUCAUUAAGCAUAAGUUAAGACAUUCCAAGGAAGAGAAGGUAAUCUUUAGAGAUGGUAAAGUCUUAACUCUGGAUGAAGUGUUUAACUCCUUGAAUUUAACGGGCUACGAUCUAUCCAUUGAUACUUUAGAUAUGCAUGCUCAUAAGGAUACUUUUCAUAGAUUUGAUAAAUUCAAUUUAAAAUAUAAUCCAAUUGGUGAAUCACGUUUAAGAGAAAUCUUUUUGAAGACAGACAACUAUAUUAAGGGUACCUACCUGGCUGAUAUUACCAAACAAGUGAUCUUUGAUCUAGAAAAUUCUAAAUAUCAAAACUGUGAAUACAGAAUUUCCAUUUAUGGGAGAUCUAUUGAUGAAUGGGAUAAACUAGCAGGUUGGGUGAUUGAUAACAAAGUUAUCUCGCAUAAUAUUCGUUGGUUGAUUCAAAUACCACGUCUAUAUGAUAUUUACAGAAAAUCAGGAAUCGUUAAAAAUUUCCACGACACUUGUAAAAAUAUCUUCCAACCAUUAUUUGAAGUGACUAAGAAUCCUCAAUCACAUCCAAAAUUACAUGUUUUCUUACAAAGAGUUAUCGGUUUUGAUUCAGUGGAUGAUGAAUCUAAGGUAGACCGUAGAUUCCACAGAAAAUAUCCAAAACCCUCCCUCUGGGAAGCCCCACAGAACCCACCUUAUUCUUAUUAUUUAUAUUACUUAUAUUCUAGCAUGGCAUCAUUAAAUCAAUGGAGAGCCAAGAGGGGAUUCAAUACAUUGGUUUUGAGACCGCAUUGUGGGGAAGCUGGUGAUCCAGAACAUUUGGUUUCUGCAUACUUAUUGGCACAGGGGAUUUCUCAUGGGAUUUUGUUAAGAAAGGUCCCAUUUGUUCAAUAUUUAUAUUAUUUGGAUCAAGUGGGUAUUGCCAUGUCACCUUUAUCCAAUAAUGCUUUGUUCCUAACAUAUGAUAAAAACCCAUUCCCAAGAUACUUCAAGAGAGGUUUGAACGUUUCCUUGUCUACUGACGAUCCAUUACAGUUUUCAUACACUAGAGAACCUUUAAUUGAAGAAUAUUCAGUUGCUGCGCAAAUUUAUAAACUUUCCAAUGUUGAUAUGUGUGAAUUAGCCAGAAACUCUGUACUACAAAGUGGAUGGGAAGCUCAAAUCAAAGAACAUUGGAUUGGUAAGAAUUUUGAGAAGAGCGGUGUAGCUGGUAAUGAUGUAGUUAAGACAAAUGUUCCAGAUAUCAGAAUCAAUUAUAGAUAUGAUACUCUUUCUACCGAAUUGGAAUUAGUUAAUCAUUUUGCCAAUUUUGGUAAUGAAUGA